AUGUCCUUCCACAACAGUGCCCCAAAUGCCCCAAUAAGAGAACGUAUGGAGAAUUUGAUCCGUAGAAAACAACAAGAAAUUACAAAAGGUUUAGAAACUUUAGAACCAACAACUAGAUUCUUUGCAGAUAGUUGGUCAAGAGGUGAAAAAGCCGGUGGUGGUACCUCAUGUGUGAUCCAAGACGGUGAAACUUUUGAAAAAGGUGGUGUCAACAUUAGUGUUGUUUAUGGUCAAUUACCUCCAGCUGCUGUUGCAAGAAUGAGAGCUGAUCAUAAAAAUUUGAAAGCUCAAGAUGAUGGUAAUGUCCCAUUCUAUGCCUGUGGGUUAUCAAUGGUUAUCCAUCCAAAAAACCCUCAUGCUCCAACUACUCAUUUAAAUUAUCGUUAUUUUGAAACUUGGAACCCAGAUGGAACUCCUCAAACUUGGUGGUUUGGUGGUGGUGCCGAUUUAACUCCAUCUUAUCUUUAUGAAGAAGAUGCUAAAUUGUUUCAUCAAGUUCAUAAAGAUGCAUUGGAUAAACAUGAUUCAAAAUUAUAUCCUCGUUUUAAAAAAUGGUGUGAUGAAUAUUUUUAUAUAAAACAUAGACAAGAAACAAGAGGUAUUGGUGGUAUUUUCUUUGAUGAUUUCGAUGAAAAGGAUCCAGAAGAGAUUUUAAAAAUUGUGGAGGAUUGUUUUGAUGCAUUUUUACCUUCUUAUGUUCCAACUAUUACUAAAAGAAAAGAUACUCCAUUCACACCUGAAGAGAAAAAUUGGCAACAAUUAAGAAGAGGUAGAUAUGUUGAAUUCAACUUGGUCUUGGAUAGAGGUACUCAAUUUGGAUUACAAACUCCAGGUUCAAGAGUGGAGAGUAUUUUAAUGUCAUUACCAGCUACUGCUUCUUGGGCUUAUGAUCAUCAUCCUGAAAAGGGGUCAAGAGAAGAUCAAUUACUAGAAGUGUUGAAGAACCCUAUUGAAUGGGUCUAA